CGUAAACGAACACACAUACUUGCAGUUUUUGAUACUAAUUUUUCAGAGAAAUUUUAUGAGAAAAUAUUACGAAUAUGAAUUAUAAUAUACAUUGAAGAUGCUAGACUGAUAACGGGACCAAAAACGUUGGAAAAAAGUACUGAUUUUAAAAUAGUUUUUCAAAGUAAUUUCAUUAAAAGCUUGUUUGCGAUUUCAGCGGAAUUCCGGAUCAUACCGGAAGUGUGCAGCUACAUGUGUAAGAGCGGCCCCGUGAUCCUGCUUCAGAACGGAUGCAGCAAGGCUUCCGGUCAGGUGUCGAACUUUGUUACCGGUGCCAGCGGCGGCUUUCUGUGGGUAUUUUCGGCCAGUUUCAGCGACCGAGCCUGCAAUGACGUCGCUAUAGUGUGUUCCGUAAGGGUGUGUCUUUCAAGUGACUCAGAUAACUGCAAUGCGAAUUGCGCAGCAAACAGAAAUAAUAACCGGCGUCGACGCCGAAAUACGCAGAAACGAUCCACCUUCGGUAUGAGGUCAGAGGUCGCCAUCCUCACGAUCCAGUUUGAUACGCCGGAAGUGACGUCAUUUGUUAGAAAUUCGCAGUGUCCGAUGGCGACACCGACCUUGUGGAUGAUAACGUCGUUGAUAUUUCUUGUUAUGGUUGUGCUGCAGCAUUUACAAAUUGACUGUGACUUACAUAUGCAAGAACUAGAUUGAAUAACCCUGCAAACUAAAUAUAUAGCCUGUAUUUAUAAUGUAAAUAUUGUACAUAACGAGUAACUAAUUGCUAUUCGUCAGGUAUACUAAUUGGUGCGAUUGUUAAGCUAAAUCCCUAGUCAUGAUCGAUCUGCUUGGUAGGAUAGAUAUUCAUAUGUAUUAUACAUUAUAUAUUACCAUAUCUUGUAGUACGUCGUCACCGACUGGCUCAUGUUUCUUUUCGAGUGAGCCUGAUGGAACGAACGUCAUUGAUAAAGGCUCCAGUUUCUUAAUUUCUUUAAAAAAUGUCUUGGUUGUUUCAUGGAGUUAUAUUGGUUAUACGUGUAUUUCUUUCGUAUUGAUAUUAUUAAUUAAAUGUUGAGCAAUAUAUUAAUAUUAAACUAAAUAAUAAAUACAAAAUGUCAAACAUAUGUUUUCCUUUUGUUUAGAGUCUCAAGUUGCAUAGUCAUUAUAAUAUUUGUGAAAUGGAGAGAUGUGUAGUGUGUCCUGCAUAAAGGGUUUUCACUGUUUUCUCUUUUGGCGCUUCCGUUUUGAUUUUUGUGAAGUUUCGAGACAUUUUUAACAAAAGGUCACACAUUAUUAUGAUAUCCUUAUUGUGCUAUAAUAGUACAUGA